GAAGAAAAUAAUUCCUCCAAAAUAAUUUCGGCAAGAGAGAGAGAGAGAGCCAGAGGAAAAGAUUAACCGAAAUAAGUUUCUUUAAUUUUUAUUUAUCUCUCUACUUAAUUACUCCGUGUUAGUGUACAAUUUCUUGGAAAACUUGAGGAGUAUAAUCCAAUCAAAUUAUAAUUGGCGGCGGAUACGCGGGAUAAUUUUUUGUAUUGAAUACAAGGAUCUGAGAUAGGGUUUGGGAGCUCUGAAUUUGGCGCGAUUCGGUUUUGAAAUGGAUUGAGAAAUGUUGGGCGGAAAUGGCAAUUGGUGAGAAUUGGAGCUCCGAUCGUGGGGGGAAGUUUUGAAAUUAGGGUUUCGAGUUGAGAGAGAUGGACGUGGAUUCGACGAUGGCAACAGGGCCUGAUCACGAUCCAGCUGUGCAGAAUAACAGGUCGAGUUCCGAGCAGGUUGGGGACGAGCCCUCUGCUGUAGGAUCUCCACCACAGACUACUUCUGCUGUUAACCAGCAGUCCUCGCCUUCUCAGGCUCAACAAUCACAGCAACAGAGUACUGGUUCAGUUGCAGGGCCAAGAUGCGCUCCUACGUACUCAGUGCUGCAGCCUAUCAUCGAGAAGUCGGAGGAUGGCCCGGGACCAAGAUGUGGUCACACUCUGACUUCUGUUCCGGCUGUUGGGGAGGAGGGCAUGCCGGGGUACAUUGGUCCGAGGCUUAUUCUCUUUGGUGGUGCUACUGCACUUGAGGGGAAUUCUGCAGCUUCAGGCACUCCAUCAUCAGCUGGAAGUGCUGGAAUCCGUUUAGCAGGGGCUACAGCUGAUGUGCACUGUUAUGAUGCAUUGACAAAUAAAUGGUCUAGAAUCACUCCUAUUGGAGAGCCUCCCACACCAAGGGCAGCUCAUGUGGCUACUGCUGUUGGUACCAUGGUUGUUAUUCAGGGUGGAAUUGGACCAGCUGGUUUAUCUUCCGAAGAUCUUCAUGUCCUGGAUCUUACCCAACAGCGACCACGGUGGCAUAGGGUCGUGGUACAAGGACCUGGGCCGGGGCCUCGCUAUGGGCAUGUCAUGGCUUUGGUAGGACAGCGGUAUCUCAUGGCAAUUGGUGGAAAUGAUGGGAAACGGCCUUUAGCAGAUGUUUGGGCAUUGGAUACAGCAGCAAAGCCAUAUGAAUGGCGCAAACUGGAACCAGAGGGUGAAGGCCCACCUCCUUGCAUGUAUGCAACUGCAAGUGCACGUUCUGAUGGUCUUCUUCUACUCUGUGGUGGGAGGGAUGCAAACAGUGUGCCACUGGCAAGUGCAUAUGGACUUGCCAAGCAUAGAGAUGGUCGUUGGGAAUGGGCUAUUGCUCCGGGUGUGUCACCCUCUCCUAGAUAUCAACAUGCUGCAGUGUUCGUUAAUGCGCGGCUCCAUGUAUCUGGAGGAGCACUAGGUGGUGGGCGCAUGGUUGAGGACUCCUCCAGUGUGGCUGUUUUAGAUACUGCUGCUGGGGUGUGGUGUGAUACAAAAUCUGUUGUUACUAGCCCACGACCUGGCAGAUACAGUGCUGAUGCUGCUGGUGGGGAUGCUGCCGUUGAAUUGACAAGGCGAUGCAGGCAUGCUGCUGCUGCUGUUGGUGACUUGAUCUUUAUUUAUGGUGGCUUGCGUGGUGGAGUAUUGCUAGAUGACUUGCUUGUCGCUGAAGAUUUGGCUGCUGCUGAAACAACAAGUGCUGCAUCACAUGCAGCAGCAGCAGCUGCAAAUCUACCUCCAGGGAGGCUACAAGGGAGGUAUGGAUAUAAUGAUGAAAGAAUGCGAGUUCCUGAAACAGUUAAUGAUGGUGCCGUUGUUCUGGGAAGUCCUGUUGCUCCUCCUGUAAAUGGUGAUGUGUAUACUGACAUAAGCACCGAAAAUGCCAUGCUUCAUGGAACUCGGAGAAUGAGCAAAGGUGUUGAAUAUCUAGUGGAAGCAUCUGCAGCUGAAGCAGAAGCUAUUUGUGCUACUUUAGCUGCUGCAAAAGCUCGGCAAGUUAAUGGAGAGGUUGAGCUGCCAGAUAGGGACCGUGGGGCUGAAGCAACUCCUAGUGGAAAGGAAACAUCUAGCUUGAUCAAGCCUGACUCUGCUGUAGCAAACAAUUCUGCCCCUCCUGGAGUUCGGUUGCAUCACCGUGCUGUGGUUGUUGCUGCGGAGACAGGUGGAGCUCUUGGUGGUAUGGUUAGACAGCUAUCCAUUGAUCAAUUUGAAAAUGAAGGCAGGCGUGUUAGUUAUGGAACUCCAGAAAAUGCAACCGCAGCAAGAAAACUUUUGGAUAGACAAAUGUCCAUCAACAGUGUGCCCAAAAAGGUUAUUGCUCAACUUUUGAAACCUCGCGGCUGGAAACCCCCUGUACGGCGGCAAUUUUUCUUGGAUUGCAAUGAGAUAGCUGAUCUUUGUGACAAUUCUGAAAGAAUAUUUGCUAGUGAACCUAGUGUUCUUCAGCUAAAAGCUCCUAUUAAGAUAUUUGGUGACUUGCAUGGACAAUUUGGGGAUCUUAUGCGGCUUUUUGACGAAUAUGGAUCCCCAUCAACUGCUGGAGAUAUAUCAUACAUCGAUUAUCUAUUUCUAGGAGACUAUGUUGAUCGAGGGCAGCACAGUUUGGAAACCAUAACUCUUCUCCUUGCUUUAAAGGUUGAGUAUCCCCAUAAUGUGCACUUAAUACGUGGGAACCAUGAAGCUGCAGAUAUCAAUGCCCUUUUUGGCUUUCGAAUCGAGUGCAUUGAACGGAUGGGGGAGAGAGAUGGAAUAUGGGUUUGGCACCGGAUAAACAGACUAUUUAACUGGCUUCCUCUUGCGGCAUUGAUUGAAAAGAAAAUCAUAUGCAUGCAUGGAGGCAUUGGGCGGUCGAUUAAUCAUGUCGAGCAAAUUGAAAAUAUUCAGCGUCCCAUUACCAUGGAAGCUGGCACAAUUGUUCUCAUGGACUUGUUGUGGUCUGACCCAACUGAAAACGACAGUGUUGAGGGAUUGCGCCCAAAUGCCAGAGGACCAGGCUUAGUUACUUUUGGGCCUGAUCGUGUGAUGGAAUUCUGCAAUAACAACGAUCUUCAAUUGAUUGUCCGAGCCCAUGAAUGUGUGAUGGAUGGCUUUGAACGGUUUGCUCAGGGACAUUUAAUCACUCUAUUCUCAGCCACCAACUAUUGUGGUACUGCCAAUAAUGCCGGUGCAAUCUUAGUAUUGGGUAGAGAUCUUGUGGUGGUCCCAAAACUCAUUCAUCCCUUACCCCCUGCAAUUUCAUCACCUGAAACUUCUCCCGAGCGGCACAUAGAAGACACAUGGAUGCAGGAGCUUAAUGCUAACCGACCACCAACGCCAACCAGAGGUCGGCCUCAAGUCACAAAUGAUCGAGCCUGAUGCUAACUCCACCCCUGGGAUCUCCAGUAAUCUGUACAUAAGCAAGCAGAGGAUUCCCGCGACAAAGAUAGAUUGAUUAUUUGAACAGACACUCCUUCCAAGAGUCCCACCAAUAGUUUAUUGAGAGGGAGAUAGAGAAAGGAAGUGCUUUGUGUAAUCUUUGUGGCUGCGUUUGUAUAAUGUACGUUUGUUGGCGUGAAGGAUCCCAUUUUCAAACUACAAAAAAAGAGAGACAAUUACG